ACUUCCUGCUUACGAGCGCAGUUCCUGUAACGGAAGGCAGGACGCAGGGAUGGCGGAGAAUAUCUCCGACAGCAGCGGCUCUGGCUGCCGGCGGUGCUCCGUUCACGCCGCGGGGGAAAAGGUGCCGAGCCGCGGCGAGGCUUCCAAGUGGGUCCGCCUGAACGUGGGCGGCACGUACUUCCUGACCACACGGCAGACGCUGUGCCGGGACCCCAAGUCGUUCCUGUACCGGCUGUGCCAGGCCGAUCCCGACCUCGACUCCGACAAGGAUGAUACAGGAGCCUAUUUAAUAGACAGAGACCCAACAUACUUUGGCCCAGUGCUCAACUAUCUGAGGCACGGCAAGCUGGUCCUCAACAAAGAUCUGGCCGAGGAAGGUGUACUGGAAGAAGCAGAGUUUUACAACAUCACAUCACUGAUAAAGCUCAUCAAAGACAAGAUCAGGGAGAGGGACUGCAAAACAUCACAGGUGCCCAUUAAGCACGUGUACAGAGUCCUGCAGUGCCAGGAGGAGGAGCUUACGCAGAUGGUCUCCACCAUGUCCGACGGCUGGAAGUUUGAGCAGCUUGUCAGUGUAGGCUACGGGCGGGACCACCAGUCAGAGUUUCUGCUGAUUGUGUCCAGGGAGGUGAGGGGAGAGGAGACCGGUCUCCCCAUCCGCGGCGGCAGCAGCGGCGGCGAGCUGGUCAGCAUUGGCUCAUCCUAUAACUAUGGAAACGAAGACCAAGCAGAGUUCCUUUGCGUCGUCUCCAAGGAGCUGCACAACCAAUCAUACGGCACCAGUAGUGAGCCGAGCGAAAAGGCAAAGAUUCUUCAAGAACGUGGAUCUCGAAUGUGAAGAGAGACAGUAUUAAGCCCUAAGAAUUUUUUAUUUUACUCUGAGCUCCAGGUAUAGAGAUGUACACACCGCGUUUGAUCCUUCAAGAUGGGAAAGAAAGAACUUUGAUCCAAGCUUCCACCCGUCCUUGUCCUUUUUUUUUAUUUUUAUUUUUUAAAAGUAUUUUGUGUGUGUAUAUAACAGGUCAGUUUAGUGACUUUCUUGUGCCUGUAUAAAACUGGACUUUUUUUUUUCCUCCAAUGUUGAUUGAACUUUUACAACUAAAAAAAAAGUUAAAUAUGCAUGUAACUUAUUAGCUGAGCGAAGACGGUCAUUUUUUUUGGCCAGUGAUUUACUCAGGGUAUUUAAUUCAUUUUUUCCCCUUCUCUAAACUUGAAUUAUUUUGAGGGAUUUAAGUCAUAUUUCUAUUUCAACGGUCGGUCUCUUUAAAAGGCUGGGAUUUUGAGGGCUGGGGUGUGGUCUACAGUUAAGUCUACAGAGGGCUGAGAAUCUCUCUAUUACAUGCCCUGUUUUUUGUUUUUUUUCUCUAAAGCCUUUGAUGAUAAAAUCUCUUGUUUAUAGGUGCAUUAAGAGGUAUUGUCCACUGCAAGAGACUGAGUUUAGUUUUAGGAUAAUUAAUUCUAUACUUGCAGUAGGUUUGGGGGGGAAACUUAAGUACAUUUUUGGUAGUUUUUUUUCCCCAUUUAUAUUUAAUUACAAAGAACAAAAUGGGUUUGUUGUUGGACUGCAAGUUUUGUAUACUCUAGAGUAAACUAUGUAAAACUGAAGUUGCAGGACUGGAUCUGUUGAAACGAGCAUCAUGGAUACAUGCAUAUUUAUAUGUUGGACCAUCUCCACCAUUUUUUUUGUACAUAAUUCUUAGUAUAUUAAGAUUUACAAGUAACACCAGGCUUUUCUGCCUGAAGUUUGUGUGUGUGUGUGUGUGCGCGCGCAUUUUUUCCCCUUUAUUGGCUGGUUUCCUUAAAUCUGUUCAAAAGUGAACCCCUUUUUUGCCUUGUGUGAUAGCACAUGCUCUCAAGCAAGGUAUGCUUGUUUAGGUUUUAUACACUUGUUUAGGUUUUGUACACUUGUUUUAAACACUGAGAUGUGUGGACUUUGAAAGCCUCAACUCGUGCUGUGUGGUUUUUUGUUUUUAUGUAUUUUUUUAAGGUUAACUCCAUUAAUGCAGUUUACAAUCAUGCAAGCUAAAACACUAAGCCUGGAUAUUUUAAUAACCAAUAACGUAACUGCUCCAGCCUUACGAACUGACGCUUAUGCUAGUCUAAUUUGAGAAUUCUUAUUAGAAAGUAUUUAACAGAGUUGCCUUUUUCUUUAUGACUAAAUCCAGUGUGUGAAGUGCAUCUUAAAUGUACAGGUUGUCAGUCAGGGAUGACUGUAGAACAGUAUGUACAAAUGGGGCAUCUUCCCCACCCUCUUAGAUUAAAAUAUAUAGAUAUAUAAAAUAUAUACACAUGCACACAAGGGCUUUUAAUUAUGAAGUUGUACAAUCUUUAGAGUUCAAUAACAGUGGAGCAGAUUCUCUAUUGCCACGGCUAGGCAAUGUUUACAUAUGCUAUAGUGUUUUGAAGCCUUCCAGUAAUCUUGCACACAAUUCCUUACACAAUAGCUUGUUCUAUGUAUGGAGAUCUAACUGCUCCACAGGUCAGCUGAAUUAAAGAUGCUUGUAAAUAAUGCGUUGUGUUCAUUUGCUUUGCAUCUCAUUCAUUUUCUAGUUUGGUAUAUGCUACAUAAAUACUGAUUUAAAAUAGAAGUAUGAGUCAUCUCUUCUUGUAGACAUGUACUUCCUAGAUUGAAGCGACAGCAGAUCCAGUUGGGUGAUGGCUGUAAUGGGACACACCCAUCAGGUCCAGUCUGCCUUCAUGAAAACCACAGGGUUGUAAUUGGUGUCUUAUAGUCCUUUGGUGACAUUUCCUGAACCAGGAGGCUCUGUCAGGUAUGGCUAUGACUGUGUAGUCCUCUUUCCAUUUCACCAACACUGCUGAAAAUUCACAGCUCAUUUUUACAUUUCUGUUUGAUUUACAUGUGUAGUUUGGUAGGUUUUGUUUGGGUUUUUAUAGGCCAAAUAAAGAGUUUACUUAA